AUGAUAAUUUUUGAAGCAUGUUCUGAUCCAGCUCUUUGGUCUAUUAAUGAAGAUUUAAUUAAUUAUGUAUGCUUUCAUGGUUUUACUCAAGAUUUAUCAAUAAUUAAUUUUUCUAAAUCUAAGAGAAGCUUUCUUAGAACGGUAAAAGGAAUAAAAAAAACAAUCAACAGGUCUUGUAAAAUUAGUUAUUUUCAAGGAACUUUAAAAAAUGGAGAGAAAUUUCGCAGAGAAUUUUUAGCGUAUUCUGAGACUAAAGGAGUUCUCUUUUGCUAUCCAUGUCUUUUAUUUUCCUGUAAAUCUUCAUUUGGUUCGACUGGAUUUUCUCUUUGGAAAAAAGCAGAUGAAAAAAUACAAGAACAUUUAAAUUCAUCAACUCAUCGGUCUAAUAUUUUGAAAAUGAAACUACGCGGGGUGACUCUUAAUCGCAUUGAUAGUGGACUUGCUAAUCAGGUCGAGAGAGAACGACUUUAUUGGAUUCAAAUUUUGAAAAGAGUCGUGGCAGUAGUAAAAAAGUUAGCAUCAAGAGGAUUAGCACUUCGAGGGGAUACAUCAAAAUUAGGUUUUAAAAACAAUGGCAACUUUUUAAUGGCUAUUGAGUUAUUAUCUGAAUUUGACCCAUUUAUGGCUGAACAUCUCAAACAGUAUGGAAAUCCUGGCAGAGGUUUUACAUCUUAUUUAUCUUGUAAUAUAUAUGAAGAGAUAAUAAAAAUUAUGGCUGAAAAAGUUUUGUCAACAAUUAUUCAAGAAAUAAAUGAUGCUCAUUAUUUUUCAAUUAGUGUUGAUUCAACUCCUGACAUAUCACACAUCGAUCAAUUAUCAUUAUGUAUUCGUUAUGUUAAUAGUGAUGGAAGUCCUGUUGAGCGUUUUAUUUGUUUUCUAGAUCAUAUUGGACAUAAAGCUGAAAAUAUAGCAGAAGCUGUAUUUACAAUAUUGAAAACUUAUAAACUGAAUAUUGCAAACCUUAGAGGUCAAUCAUAUGAUAAUGCCAGUAAUAUGGCAGGUGCAUAUUCUGGACUGCAAACAAGAAUAAAAGCAGUAAAUCCCAUGGCAAAAUUUGUUCCAUGUGCAGCACACUCUUUAAACUUGGUCGGUAUGAACUCUGUGAGCUGUUGUAUUGAAGCAGUCAAAUUUUUUAAUUUACUUCAAAUUAUAUAUAAUUUCUUUUCUGCUUCAACACACCGGUGGGCAAUUCUUAAAUCCACUGUGAAAUCUCUUUCAGGUACCAGGUGGUCAGCUAGAGAAGAUGCUUGUAAAUCUUUAAAUGAAAAUUGGAGUUCAAUUAUGAAUGCCUCAAAUAUAAUUGAAUGCGAUGCAAAUGAAAAGCCUAAUACUCGGUUUGAGACUAAAUGCAUAAAAAAAAAACUAGACACUUUAGAAAUAGGAUUUUUAUCAAUAUUUUGGGGUAAUAUUUUACAGAGGUUUAAUGCUGUUAUACUUGAAAUAUUUAAAAAUGCUACGAAACUUCAAAAAGAAUUUGAAAUUGAUUUAGAACCUUCAUUUGUGAAUGAAUGUUUACAUUUGAGAGGACAUUUAAAAAGCCUUUCUGAUGGUAUUCCGAAAACGAUUCAAGAGAUUUGUAUGUUUAUCAGACAGAAAAACUUACAAAGCAUUUAUCCUUAUAUUGAUAUAGCUUUGAGAAUUUUGCUAUGUACUCCCAUAAGCAAUUGUUCAACGGAGAGAUCUUUUUCGACUUUAAAAAGAAUUAAAUCGUAUCUAAGAUCUAGUACGUUUGAGGAUCGACUUAAUAAUUUAGCUUUAUUGUCAAUUGAAGGUGAAUUGACAUCUAAAAUAAAUUAUGAUGAGGCCAUGAACGGCGCCAAAGGGAGACUUAAAUAG